ACGCGCGCUUUCGGUUUAACAUGGCGGAGGCCGUCUCCUCAGCGGCCCGGACAGGUUCGGAUUCUCCAGAGAAGGAGGAAGUGGGAGACGACGCGGAACUGCUCCAGUGCCCGAUGCAGCUGGGGACCCCGAGAGAGGAGGAGAACGCGGCGCUUGUGGCGGAGGCGGAGGCCGUGGCUGCGGGCUGGAUGCUCGACUUCCUCUGCCUGUCUCUCUGCCGAGCCUUCCGCGACGGCCGCUCCGAGGACUUCCGUCGUACUCGGGACAGCGCCGAGGCUAUUAUUCAUGGACUACACAGUCUUACAGCUUACCAAUUGAAAACUGUGUAUAUAUGUCAGUUUUUGACAAGAGUUGCAGCUGGAAAGGCCCUUGAUGCACAGUUUGAAGUUGAUGAGCGUAUUACCCCCUUGGAAUCAGCCCUGAUGAUUUGGGACUCAAUUGAAAAGGAACAUGACAGACUGCAUGAGGAAAUACAGAAUUUAAUUAAAAUUCAGGCUGUAGCUGUUUGUAUGGAAAUUGGCAGCUUUAAGGAAGCAGAAGAAGUAUUUGAAAGAAUAUUUGGUGAUCCAGAAUUUUACACGCCUUUAGAAAGAAAAUUACUUAAGAUAAUCUCUCAGAAAGAUGUGUUCCACUCCUUUUUCCAACACUUCAGCUAUAACUGCAUGAUGAAGAAAAUUCAGAGUUAUGUGGAUUGUGUGUUAAAUGAAAAAUCAUCAACUUUUCUAAUGAAGGCAGCAACAAAAGUAGUGGAAAAUGAGAAAGCAAGGACACUAGCUUCUAAGGAUAGACCAAGUGCUACCAACACUGGAAUGGAAACUGAAGUUGGUUUGAAUAAAGGGGAAAGUAUUAAUUGCCAACAGUCUACAGAAACUGAAUCCUUAGUGGAUACAGUAUCCUCAAUAAGGUCUCACAAGAACGCCUUAUCUCAGUUGAAACACAGAAGUGCUCUAUCAGAUCUCAGUAAGAACGAAGCAAGAACAGGAACUCUUCAGUGUGAAAUAACGACAAAAAGAAACAGAAGAACCAGUGGAAGGAAUAAAUUAUGUAUCUCAAAGAAUCAGCCAGAAACUAAUGAAAAACAUGGGCACAGGAAAAAACAGACAUGGCUUUGGGAAGAAGACAGAAUUUUGAAAUGUGGUGUAAAGAAAUAUGGAGAGGGAAAUUGGGCUAAAAUACUAUCCCAUUAUAAGUUCAACAAUCGGACAAGUGUCAUGUUAAAAGAUAGGUGGAGAACGAUGAAGAAACUGAAACUGAUUAGCUGAGACACUGAAGGCUGGAUGGGUUUGAUUCAGCUUAAUACAAGGAUAAAUACUUGGAUCACUACAUUUUGUUUACAACUUCCUGGUCAGUGAUGAAAAAGCAUUAUUGGAGGGGGGGGUGUUCAGGAGGGGGAAGAGAGAGGGUUUUGGUUUUUUUUUAAUUGUUGUUUUUGUUUUUUGUUAGAGGAGAUUUAUGCUGUAAAAAUAUAUGCCAUCAUUAUUUUCUGUAAGAAUCUUUAUUUUUGUAAAAUACAGAUAUGUUGAACCCUACCAAAUUUAGUACCCCAUCCCAUGUUCUGUUUUAAUACAAAAGAACCUAAUAAGGUAAAACUAAUUUAUGA